AUGGCGUACGCAGAUCAAAUCAAACAAGUGAAACAAUUAACGAAAAACAAUCCAUACCACAUAAAACGUCCAAUGAACGCCUUCAUGGUCUGGUCGAGGUUGCAGAGGAAGAAAAUAUCAAUGAUGAACCCGAAACUGCAUAACUCCGAGAUAUCGAAGCGCCUCGGAUUGGAAUGGAAGAGCUUGGACGAAGGAGAGAAGCGGCCUUACAUCGAUGAAGCGAAGAGACUCAGAUUAAAACAUAUGCAGGAUUAUCCAGAUUACAAAUACCGACCUCGGAGGAAGAACCGACUGGAAGUACCCUACGUUAGCACGGUAUACGCGAGAGACACUUUCGUGGAAAUGGAGCCGCGACCCGAACCUUACCAACCGAUUUACUCGUGUCCCGAUGCACAGUAUAUGUACGGUAACAUGAUGUACACUCCUAUAAGUCAGCCAUCGUUUGUGCCAAUAAGAAAAGAAGAGGUGCCUCUAGAUAUAAGACCGCUGCCAUCGAUUGAGAGCAUAUCGCCAAGACCGUUCAUUGUGAACCAGCAGAUGAUGGUGAAGGCUUAUCAAAACUUGCAUUACGUACCGGAGGAUGUGGCUAGAAUAUCGUAUUACCCGUUUAGUGUUCAAUAG